AAAUGUAUAUUGUGUUCAAUGGUUUUUACUAUUUCAGAAAGAGAUUGGUGCCAUGUGUCAGUGUAAUCAUGAAAAUGUUGUCAAUUAUUAUACAUCAUUUAUUGUAAAACAAGAACUCUGGAUAGUCAUGCGCUUACUAGAUGGAGGUAUGUUUAAUGGUGAUUUUAUUAAUUUAUAUUUUCUCUGCAUGCUGCUGUGACCUAGGAUGUUUUUGUAAUUUUGGCAUGAAAUUGCAACUUAUUAGAUUUGUAUUUCAGCAUGUUUUGAUUUUGUUAAAUUGUAUCUGUAAAUAAAGAAAACACUCACCUCUGCCUGAUUUCUUGUGUUAACAGAAGCAAAAUACAACUGUGACAAGCAUCUAAAUAGCAAAUCUUGUCAUAUUAAGUGACACACUUAUAGCCAGAUUUAAAGCUCUCUACUGUACUCUAAUAUAUAUUAUAAUUUACAGAGUUGUUGAACAUUUUGUUUUUUAUGCUACUGUGAUAUGAUUUUGAUUUAUAUUAUGUGAUUUAGAGUAGCUUUUAAUUAUGCCUACAGUACUGUACUUGUAUAUUUGACAUCUCCUACAUCUAGAUACAUUAAUGGUAAUUAUAAUAUAGCAUUUGUAAAUUCUGAACGCUGAUUGGCUAAGAGCCGUGUUGAUAUAACUCAAUGUCAACACGGAAACGUUUGAAAAUUUAUUUCUUCAUAUUUCUUUGUGCUAUAUUAUAAAACAAAUAUAAAACAUUUUUUCCGUAUUGAUAUACAGUUAUAUCAACACUCGUGGAAAUUGGGAAAACUCGAAAUUAAAACAAUUUCUCGUUUUCCCAAUUUCCACUCGUGUUGAUAUAACUGUAUAUCAACACGGAAAAUGUUUUAUAUUUGUUAUAAUUAAUGUAUGAAAUCUAAAACUAAACUAACGAGACUUGGUAUAAUGAUGUAAAUUACAAACUAGCCUUAAAGUCUAUACAUGGCAGUACCGGCUGCGAGUAUCAUGACGCCACUCGCGAGUUAUAAGCAGUGAACUCUAAUAAGACUGGAACGAUAACUCGGCCGCCAUCUUUGAAGCCAAAUUGAAGGCCGCCAUUGGAGGUACGGCGGCGAAAAUACACCUCUUCGAAAAACUCGGAUUUCUGCCUUUCUAGCUAUGCUAGAACAUAGAUAAAAAACUUAAAAACAUCUACGAUACUUGGACUAUUACACAAAUCAUGUUUGGAAGCCGUAAAAAAGACUUAACGUUAUUUUUUGUGUACCUGACAGUCGUAUUUUGUUCGGCACCGAAAAUAUUUUGUUAUUUUCUUGAAUACAAAAAUGGUACCUUUCGAGAUUUUGCUGUUAGUGGAUGUAGAAUACUUAGAACUAUCCAGAAAACCAAGUUUGAAUGUUUGAAAUUGAAAUCUUCGCACGAAAAACCUAAUUUUUCGGCGUAUUUUUGCUAAAAAAAAACAAAAUUACGAGGAAAUUGAACUCCCCCAGUUCUUUUUUGAAUGUCACAGCGCGCGAACUUCUCCCGGGCGCCAAAUUACAAAUCGCAAAUCACGGGGGAAAUCGGAAAAAUCGAUUUAUUCACGUUUUAGAGAAGUCAAAAAGCACUCAAAAUAAACAACUAUACCUAGACGUUAAUACAAAAAAGGUAUUGGUCCGUAGACUUACGUUUUAAAGUUGGUUUUUUUUUAGUUAAAGAGCAAAGUUCACUUCGGCACGUUCAACUAGUGUCGUUUUUAUGAAAACAAACCUGACACCCUUCAAAUUUUUGCUGUUGUAGGAUGCAAAGCAGUUCUAACUAUCAAAUAAAUCGUAUUUGGGUUUUUAAAAUUGAAGUCUUUUAAUGAAAAACGACUUUUUUGCUCAUUUUCGUCGAAAAUAUAAAACUUUGACUGAAUUUGCCACUCCUCGAAACUCUCCUUAGUCCUUUUAAAAGUGCAAUUUCCUUGCACGGUCGCCUUCAGGCAAGUAUGGGCAUGUUUACCUGAGUUAUCGUUCCAGUCUUAUUGGAGUUCACUGGUUAUAUAAGUGUGCGAGUGGCGAGUCACUUGGCGAGUCACUCGCGAGUGAAUGAUGAGUCACUCGCGAAUUACGAGUGGCGAGUCACUCUUGAGUUACGAGUGGCGAGUCACUUGGCGAGUCACUCGCGAGUGAAUGAUGAGUCACUCGCGAAUUACGAGUGGCGAGUCACUCUUGAGUUACGAGUGGCGAGUCACUUGCGAGUUACGAAACUGCCAUUUUACACUUCAACACAAUUCAUAAAGUUUGUCGUAAAGCUUGCCAGUGUUAAUAGCUUACCUCUGAAACUUUCAUAAAAGUAACAAGUCUGCGAUAUUAUCCGCAAUCAAGGAAUGGCUACCUGGCCAGUAUUCGACUGAAAAAAUAUGAUUUUCUCUUGUUUGAAUCAUCGACACGUGUACCAUAUAUACAACACCCGUUUCUUAAUGGAUUAAUGAAAAACAUGAAUUCAUAUGCUAAUGUUGAUAGUUACUUAGUUUCCUACAUAGUAUUUUAUUAGGAUUUUACUACAUCCCGGGCGUUCUUUGUCAGUGCCCGCGAUCACAAUUAGUAUUAUCAGCGGUUGAGUUUGCAACUCAAUAUUCAAACAGAUUAAAACAUUUUUAAAUCACUUUAACUCUAACCGGCCUAACUUUUGAGAGUUAAAAAGGCAGAAAAAAGAAAUAAAAACAAUUUUAAGGAAGAAAUGUCAGACAUAAACACUCAGGGUCGGACCCGACCCGCACUACGUUUCACUUUUCGCACGCAGCGCCUUUACCAUGUACGCUAAUGGCAAGCUUGCUGAAAGUUACCGCAAACAAAGUUUUUAUAUAACUACAAAAUACGAACGGUGACUGCCGGCUGUCUAGUUACUUGGUUAUUUUUAUUUGGGCUGCUAUAAAUGUUACUAGAUCAUAUAAAAUCUGUGAAAUUAGUGGUAAAAACAUAAACAGUGUUUAGGUUUUGUCAAAAAAAUAAAAAGGCAAUAUAUCUGGAUCAAAUAAACUGACUAGAAGCAAAAAUAUCUUGAAAACCCAAUAGUUAACAGUUUGACAAAGUCACAGUUUAACAAAGUUAUAAAUUCACGUCGAGUAUUAAAUAAUUUAUUUGGCUUUAAGAUGUUUUCUUUCAAACAUCAGGAUUUUAGGAAGCUCUCAAUGUUAUCAUCAUCUACUGCUGAUAAUACUAAUUGUGAUUGCGGGCACUGACAAAGAAAGCCCGGGAUGUAGUAAAAUCUUACACGAUCUCAUCAGGCGUCUACGAAAAAAAGUUAUUUAAAAUAAUUAAUGAAUUUGAUAUCUUGGCAAAAGGCGUUCAAAGCUCAAGUAAAAAGCGCAGUAUAAUGCAAUUGCUAAACAUCCGGAUCUUUUCGUACAGGUUCUAUGUUGGAUGUGGUCAGAUAUCAAAUAAAGUUAGGCAAAGGACAAGGAGGAGUCCUUGAUGAAGUUAUCAUUGCGACUGUCUUAAAGGAAGUUCUCAAGGGAUUGGACUAUUUUCACAGUAAUGGCUUAAUUCACAGGUAUACUGUACGUCGUGCUCAAAUUCAAAUAAUCAAAUUCAAUACAGUAUAUGGUCGGGUAGUCUUCAUGUAAGCUAAAAUCAAGAGACAAGUCACAAGGACUGGCUGUAGCUUAAAUAAAUACAAACGUUUCCACCUGAAGUGAGUUUAACUUAGAUUUACCUAACAUCAAUUUUCCACUGUCGAGCAAGUGAUUGAAAUUUGUACAGUACUCUACACUAUGUCUUCGGGUUUAUUCAUGUGGAAAUAUUAAUGUGGAAAGUGAAAAUUUUUCAGGGACAUUAAGGCUGGCAAUAUUCUUCUUGGUACCGAUGGCACAGUUCAAGUAGCAGGUACGAAAAAGUGCAUUUUACUUCUACCCGCCCUCUUCCCCCGAACCACACUAAAGCAGGUGUUGGGGGUAGCGAGCCUGAUCAGCGAGAUUGCGAAUCAGUUGAUUAUCUCUAAGUAUUUACCAAUGAAAUUACACUGUAUCUAAAAUUUUACAUAUUUUAAUCGUAUGUACUAAAUUCUGAUUGUUGGAAAUUCACUGUCUGUAUAACAUAAUAUUUGAUUAGAGUGUUGUUCCAGUCUGAAUGAAUAGAUUACUAUGUCUGUGAUGUUACUCUGAGUGUAUAUCCGCACCGGGCAAGCUUGAAAAAUAUGCCUGGCCACGGUGGCCCAGUGCGGAUAUACACUCAGAGUAACAUCACAAACAUCGUAUUCACCUGAGUACAUAACACCAUGCGCAACACAGAAAAAAAGAAUAGAUUACUGUUUUAAUUGUUAUCAGAUUAAUACACAGAUUCAGUCUUAAUUUAAUCCUGCCUGUUAUGUGAAAGGGUAUAAUACAAGAUCAGACACACUGAGAAAUAUAAUUAACCUGAACAAGAAAUUAAAAUCGAUUGAUCAAUAUUCAUGUACAUUAUUCUACAGUUUUCUUGUUUUUCUGGUGAACAUUUUUAAAAGAAAGUUCUAGCCGUUGUCUUUUGGUUCGGUUAUUUUUCCAUAUAAUGAUAUGGGGAUUGUUUCCACUUUGGAUGUUUCUUCUUCAGAUUUUGGUGUUAGUUCUGCAUUAUACUCGUAUGGUGAUAGGACGAGACCCGAGAAAAGAACAACGUUUGUCGGUACGCCAUGUUGGAUGGCUCCCGAAGUUAUGGAACAGGUACUGUGUGUAUAUUAAAUUAACUGCGUUUAUGAGACUAAUUAUUUUGUUCAAUAUAGAUCGCGGAUGUGCUAAUUGUCUGACCUUGAGAACGGAAUUGUGAAAGACGCAUCUCCAACGUGAUCGAAGGAGCGCCCCUGCCUCGUCCCCAUGCGCUAUAUAAAACGUUCACUUUUAUGUAAACCUUUUAUCAUCUAGCAGCUGGAGAAAGGGCUGGGAGCGCCCUGUUUGCCACCACACACCGCAUGUCUGCUUACGGAGCACAGCUACUGUAAGGUGGAAGGGUUAGGUUUGGAUGAGGGAGGAAAACCGAAGUUCACGGAAAAAUCCCCUCGAUGCACGCAGGAGAAUCGACUACAACAAUACUAACAUGAGUUUCAAGCACACCAAGUCAGAAAUGAGUAGUCACCCCUGAAGUACAGUAACAACACUCUUCCCCACCAAGCCUUCAUUAGCAGGCUUAACUCCGCAGUUACGGGGCAGCUACAUAUAAUAACACCUAUUCUUAUUUGCCUAGAAAUUAGGCACAACCCUUCCACAGUUUUCCAUAUAUUAAUAGUAGAUAUUGUGCUAUUGCAGUUUAGUGAUGAUUUAUUUCCAUGUUUAUACUGAUGUAUAAUGCUGAAUUCUAUAAAUAUGCUGAAAACUGCUGUUGAAACUGCUCAAUUUAGUACUUCCAUAUAUACUGUAAUACCGAAAUGUGGCCAGGUUUAUGUCUCGCCUGUUGGUACUGUAAUAACAAUGUCUGUUCUGGUUAGAAAGAAUUAGAUUUCAUUUUGGUUCUUCGUUAUAUUGGGCGUGUUCGCCUGACGUUUAAACGAUCCUUGCAUAUAAGCAUGUACAUGCAGUUGUUUUUGAUGUGUUUUUUUGUGUUUUUAUAACUUCGUGACAUUUUGUCUUUGCAUGCAAAUUCGAUGUGCAAUUAAAGUUAAGUUACAAGUGAAUGCAACACCAUUUUCACUCUUUCUAAUUUAGGUAACUGCGUAUAACAAUAAAGCUGAUAUCUGGAGUUUUGGAAUCACAGCUAUCGAACUCGCCACAGGAACGGCACCGUACGCAAAAUUUCCGGCUAUGAAAGUAAGCACGAAAAUAUCGUUAUAUAGAGCGUUUGCACAUAACGUCACAGCCGCCAUGUUGGUGUUCCAAUUUCAAAGAAUUUUAAUUAGACUCUUCUGUCUGGAACACCAACAUGGCCGCCAUGGCUUUUGUUGAGUUGGAAGAUGAGUGCAAACGUUCUACAAGAGUGUAUAAAAAAAAAACUGAACAGAUUUGAAAUUGCUCUCAAUUUCGCAAAACAGCUACUAGCAUCCAGUUUUUUAUGUAUAUAGCUUCUUUGGGUACUUAUAAUGUAGAAAAAGGAAAAGAAAUUCUCGAACUCAAAUUUUGUGAACCAGGGGGUGUGUCUUUUCGAACAAACUAAAGAUAGCUUGCACAUGAAAUGUAAUAGAUGCAAAAUUUGAGAUGGAAAAGUUAAUAGAUGGAAAAUUUGUUUGGUUUUUAAUUACUGUACAAAAUGUCAGACAAUUUGCUUUAGUUUAAGCCCUUUAACUACAUUCACGCAAACUUGCAUGUUUCUUAAAAAAACAGCUAUUUGCAUGCUAGCUAAUUAAUGCCUUUGCCUAAUUUGCAUAUGUCAGCAAUAUGCAAAUUAAGCAUGCGAAAGGCUAUUUUUUUAGAAAAAAAUGAAUAGUUAAAGAACUUAAACUAAAGCAAAUUGUCUGAAAUUUUGUACAGUGAUUAAAAACCCAACGAAUUUCCAUCUAUCAACUCAAAAUAUGAAUAAAGCUUUUACAUUUCGUGCGCAAUCCAUCUUUAGUUUGUUGGAAAAGACACACCCCCCUGGUUUACAAAAUUUGAGUUCGAGAAUUUUUUUUUAUUAUUCUACAUUAUAAGUACCCAAAGAAACUAUAUAUAUCAAAAACUGGAUACUAAUAGCUGUUUUGCGAAAUUGAGAGCAAGUUCAAUCGAACCCGCGACCUUUGGGAUACUAGUCAAAUGCUCUGCCAACUGAGCUACUAGUCAAGUCGGUUCGAGUUGGUGAUAUUUCGGAACUUGUUGAAAGUUGCUUUAAGGUACAAUCAGGCUUACGACCUCUGCGAGCGCUUUUCUUAUACAUUUAGCUGUAUAUUAACAGACAUUGACAGUAUUUCUAUAUCUCACCUCAUCUCCUUUCACAUGCAUAUACUGUACUUCCAUAUAUUUCAUCUAUUUUACACUUGAACAUUUACAUUCUGUACUGUGGUUUUUAACUAAAUCCAUGUGGUUUAGUUUUUCACUCGAUUCCUUUUGCUAUAGGUGGGGCCUGUGGGGGUGUUCUAAUCAUCCCAAGAGCGAAGCAGCUCAACAGCACAUUCACGAUUUUAUACCCAACAACACCUAGAAACGUUUUCUUUGUUCCGUUUACCUAGAAAGCCGAUGAUCACUUAUGCUUUACAAUAACGCAUAAUUAUGCACUACUGUACAUACUGAAUCUCAGAAUGCAGUACAUUCUAAACCAUUCAAAGUCAAAUCGACUAAUGAAACCUUGUCCGUUGAGUAUAACUGACAAGGUUUUAUUUUAACUGCAUGGAAAAAAUAUUGACGUUUCAACCAAAACGAACAUAGUUUAUUGCAAAAUACUACCGGUACUAUUGUAUACUCACUCUGGUUCCCAUGUUUAUGGUAUCUAUUAUUUCUUCUAUUGUUAUACACUGUAAUGGAUUUUAAUAACUUAUUUUGUUAAGGUUCUCAUGUUAACGCUACAAAAUGACCCACCGACAUUGGAAACGAUAUCUGAUAGCAAAAAUGAUGAUUAUAAAAAGUAUUCAAGGCCAUUUAGGCGGCUGAUCAGCCUAUGCCUGCAAAAGGAACCUCAACAAAGGUGCGUAGUUUAUAUACUGUACGUUUUGGAAAUAUUCUAUAGUUUGGAGGUGUCUUUAUGAUGCUCGCUUUCGUGGGAUUGUACAAGACUAUCCUCUAUUAUUGUUUUACUAAAACCAAAUCUGCAAUUUUCUUCACAGGCCUGAUGCAUCCGAACUUCUGAAAAACCCUUUCUUUAAGAAGGCCAGGGUAAGACACGAUAAACUAUUUUGAAUUGUGAAAAAUAGUUUCACAGACAAGAAGUUGGAGUAAAUACCGUUCUGACCGAUGCUGCAAAUACUGCCACACGAUGAUUUAGUUGAAACUAUACUGUAACAUACACUGUGUGACACUGUGUAUAUCCAGGGCUUCCAAAACAAGCCACGAAGCUCCGUACUUUUCCGGAUAGCUCCGUACUUUUCCGGAUUUUUUUUAUUCGGGAUUUUUUGUGGAUUUCUCGGAUUUUUUACUGUAGGACUUGAACGGAUUUUCAAAUUUGGAUGGAUUUUCCAAUUUUAGGGGGUUUUAUUUGCAAAGUGUGCGGUGUUUCUGGAGUGAAAUUCCCCUCGAUUCUGCUUUUAUUUUUCAAAUUAUCUUAUUAUCGUCCCGCAGUUAUCUUAUUAUCGGCACAGACCGUUUGAGAUAAUCGAUCCCUACUAAGGCACAUACUAACUUGUGUCAUAUGUACCAAUUUUAUUUUAUGUAGUGCCGUUUUCAUUCCAUUUUGUUUUCCGUUAUUAUUAUAAAAUAUUGUUGCAUUACGAUUUGCUAUUUUAAUUUCCUUCUACAGUAUUGCUGUUGCAUUUCGCUUUUUCAUUUCCGUGUACGAACAGGGUAGGGAUGUUCCCGAUACUGCUUUGCCGGAUACCGGAUGGUACUGGAUAGUAGUGAACCGAAUAAUAACCGGAUACUGAUGGUGGUACUUGGACAAUACGUCACUUUUUGUUAUAAAAUAGUCUAUUGUCUGUUUAGUAUGAUAUGAUAGCACAAGGAUCGUCAGACAAUCUACAUCACAAAAAAACUCAACUGUAAUUGCGUUUUAAUGUGUCACAUGUAUGGUUAGGUAGACUAUAGUUGUUAGUGUUUCACAUUACUGUAUCUUAACGCAAAACAGACGGUUUCAUGGUUCUAAUAAUUAUCUCAUACCUAGCGUAUUAGCGGCUUUCCUAUUGGCUACGAGGAGGUGCGUUCAAUCUCGAACCCACCUGCUGACGUAUGUUUAGGAGGUGGGUUCGAGAUCGAUGUUUCGGCGGCGGCCAUAAUGAAGCGAUUUGAACAAAUUUCAGACGAAGAUUUAAAUAAAAAAUAAAUUAACUGUUUUUAAUUGUUUUAUAAUUAUUAUUUUAUUAAUUUUGUUUGAUGAAAAUGGAAUAUUAAUUCUGCAUUCAAAGUGAAAGAGAAGAAAGAUGGCCGCCGAAAUUUGUUCGGCACGGGCGGGUUUAUAUAAAUCUUGGCAAUGUUUUCGCAGAAUGUGUGCAAACCUCCCUGCAAGUAUGUUUGUUAUAAAGUUCCAGCCAGCAAAUUUUUACCGGGUAUCGCAUGUUGUCGGAUGUGUAUAUUUUGCCAGUAUCCGGUUCUGGCACAUCCCUAGCACAGGGAUGUUUGUAUUUUUUUCUUUCAUUAGCGUAACGAGAAGGAACUACUGUAUGUUCCGCAAACAAUUUAUUUAAUUUUAUUUAUAGAAUAAAGAAUUUCUGAAAGAGAUAUUACUUCCUCUUGCUCCACCUCUUGGUGAACGGUCUCAAAAGGUAAUGCGAUUGACUGUUGUCUGUUUACUUUGCGCGUGCAUAAGGAUAUUACUAAUUUAGCAAGAAUUUAUUAACAUUAGUUUCUUUGUUCAACACUAAAUUGUGUGUUGCUUAUUGUACGAAUGAACACAUAGCGUCUUUUUUUUCUACACAUAAAAACUUAUCUGAGGACUUCUCUUUCUAAAACUGUCCCUUUGACGUUGGAUACAAUUAAAUAUGUUUGUCGGUAUAGGAUAAAAUGUAUAUGAUCUAUAUAAAGAUGGGAAGAAGUUAACAAUAUUGAGUUAAUUGUUAUUGUUUACAUUGUUUGUUGUCCUGAGCAGUGUAGAAAUGGUAACUUGGGGGUGUCGCAUCACUUGUUGAAAAAUUUUGCUCAGAAAUUCCCUCGUCCCUAGUUGUUUGUAAAUUCAAAGGGGACGUGCAUAUGAUUAGAUUGCUAUUAUGCAUCACAACUGAUCUUUUUACCAACCACUGAUCUAUAUAUGCCACUGAUAUGUACCAAAAAUAAAAACAUGUAGAGGAGGCAGCUCAGAAACUCAUUUUAUCAAAAAGUGAUUCCAUAACCCUUUGUUUGGCACACUACACUAUCUGAUGUAAAACCCUAAAAUCCUGUUUGAAGGUGCAAUUCCUUUAAAGUUUUACCUUUAUUCUUAUAACAGGUUAAAAGAGUACCAGGUUCAAGUGGCCGUCUUCGUAAGAAUUCUGACGGUUCUUGGGAAUGGUCAGACGAAGAAACAGAAGAACGACCUGAAAAACAG